AUGUCUACUAUUUAUUAUUGUGUUCCUUGUUUAACUCAUUUCAAAUGCAAGAAAAAUCUGUCUGAUAAGGAUAAACAGCAACGUGAAAAAGAAUAUUUGAAGACAGGGGUUCCUCAGUCUUGUAAAGAAUCCAACAUUGAUUGUAAACGCGUUUUACCAAAAAUCAAAGAGGAAUUUGCUGUAUUGGAAAAACUCGGACUUACAUAUAUUUCUGGCCAGUAUGAAUCGACUGAUUCAGGAAAAUUUUAUGAACAAGCAUAUUUUCAAUUCGAAAAAUGCCAAACUAUAACCUCUGUGAAAAAAAUAUUCAAUCACCAAGCAAUGAAUUUCCCUAAAUACUUAAAUGGUGAUUCUGAUAAGAAUCGUGAUUACUCUCAAAAGACUUGGAAUCGCUAUAAGGAUCCAAAUCAUAAAAAAAAAUGCCCUUCAGAAUUAUCAAAUGUUGAGAAUGGACCUUGGGAAUUUGGAAUUUAUCGUUAUUUAGGAACUUCUUCUGAACUAAAAAAAAGUGACGAUACAUUAAAUGAAAAGAGAUUAGAAGAUAUUGAAAGAAUUAAUCAUAUUAUCGAAAAUGAUCUUACUAUAGAUGAUAUCUUAAAGAACAAAAAGGAUUUAUUACUGAGAUU